GACCGCUAAGACAAACCUAGUGACGCAGCAGAGAGAGUCUUCCGAGCAGCAAUAAAAUGCCAGCACGCACAUAGCGAUCGUUGUGAGCAGGAACAAGAAUGAGAGGCGGUCCUCGUGGCUGUCGGAAAUGCGCGCGAAUCCAUCAGCGCCUGUGCUUUUUCCACUCAUCACCGUCCAUCUAACCGCGUUCUGCUUGCAUUGUUCUUUGCUCACAUCUCCCACCACCGUCGGCCAAUUCUCUCAACAUAACGAGUGCUUUUUACGACCGCUUUCUGUAAUACCAUCCGCCCAGUCCCAUCAUGACCUCCUCCUCCACCCCAGAUAUAUCCUCCCUGUCGCUCUCUUCCCAGCCCUCUCAGCAACGUCUUCAUGACACUUACGAAUACGAAGGCUCCGCCAGCGGCAACGGCAAGACUCCAUAUCACUAUUCUACCUCGCCCCCCGUCCCCGCCCAGUCCCAGUACAACCCCCUCGCCGUCGGCCAGAACCCCCUCAAGAGCAGGCCCGUGCUACGUGGAGGUCUCCCAUCGCAAUGGCUCGACAGCCCAGAGGGGCGCGCGAUGGCCGAGGGGCGCUCGCUGUCCCCGCAGAACAACUCGGAUCUCUCCUCCUCUGGCGGGUCCCCGCCCCUGGCUCCCAGCAUGCCGCCUGUCACGCCCGGCACCCCCAACCAGGGCGCGGACGACGAGAUCAUUCCCACCGCGAUCGUCAUCAAGAACAUCCCGUUCAACGUGAAGCGCGAGACGCUCCUCGAGAUCAUCGCAUCGCUGUCAAUCCCGACGCCGUACGCGUUCAAUUACCACCUCGACCAGUCAGGCCAGUUCCGCGGGUUGGCAUUUGCCAACUUCCGUCAGGCGGCAGAUGCAGACGCCGUUGUGGCGGCACUGAAUGGUUUUGACGUGCAGGGGCGCAAGCUGCGAGUGGAGUACAAGAAGGUUCUACAGGCCGGCGAAAAGGAGCGCAUCGAGCGCGAAAAGGCCAUUCGACGCAUGAAGUCCAUGCAACUCGAAAAAGAGCAGGCCGCGAUGGCGCAACAGCAACAGGUACAGACUCCCUACGAGGACUACGGCUCGUUGAUAUCGUCUCCAUUCUCGCCGCAACGAUCAUUCUCGGCGUCCAGCGUGUACCAGAACCAGCAAACGUUCUCUCCGUCGCAGAUGGCCUCGAUGCCGACGCCUCAGCCAUUCACGGUCACGACGCCGCCUCUGCCCCCCGUGACGCCCGGGGCCCUGAAAUCGCCUUCGGCGGAGCUUGAUUUGAAUGAUCCGUCAACACUCGAGAUCUAUUCGCGCAUCCUCCUGUUCAAGGACGAUCGCAUGAGGGACGAGCUUGCCUUCUCGAGGACAUUGACGCCCAAGCAGCGUCGCGUUGUGCACCUCGUGGCACAGAAGCUCGGCGUCUACCACUAUUCCGUCGGCGAGGGAGAGGACAGGUAUGCGGUUGUUACGCGCAUCGAUCCCAACGCGCAACAGGCGCCACGGCACACGCUCUCGCGCGCAACGUCGUCCUACCUGAACGUGAGCAGCCCUCAGGCACCCGCUUCACUGCGUGUGAAGAAGUCGAUGCCGGACAUGAAGUCGCUGCAGGCGGCCGCGCCGCGCCUGACGAGUCGCGCAUCGAACGGGAACAUCAGCCAGCACGAGUACUUUCUCUCAGUUCAGUCGGCCUUUGCGAGGUGUCCGUUCGUGUUCAUCAUCGGUAAGUAUCAAUUCUUUCCAAAUCAUACAGUACGUACAAGUAGUAUUGGCCGCUCUCCCUGGCCAUUGAGCAGUGGGCCCGUGGGGGGAGAGAUGUCAGCUGCAUGGAUGUAUGAGGACGAUGCCGAAACGAGCUCGCGAAUAUAUUUCUAUCCCCGGACACGAGCAUCGACCGUUGAGAUUGUGAGGGAAGGAGCACAGGACAGGGCAGAAAGAGAGCUACAGGGCUUGCUUUGA